AUAAUAGCGAAUCUUCUAGCACUGCAGCUAGAAGAAAAGCUACUGAAAAAUCUGUAGAUGAACAACAUGCGAAAAAAAUACGGAUAUUCAUGCUCAAAAAAGGCAUUGAGGAGGAAUGUGGAGCAAACUACAAGCAUGAUGGAGGAACCAGUAAUAUGAAAUUCCAUCUUCGAACAAAACAUGGAAUUUUGGGACCAGAUGACCUUAUACAAGAUUCCAAUAAACGGCAAUUACAAAUAGAUAAAAUGAUUAGAAAAGUGAUCUGGGAUGGUGUAGAACGAAUUGCUUGCUUUGCCCACACUUUUCAGCUAACAGUCACUCAGCGUGGUAAGGCCACUUCGGUUCCAGUUCAAUUAUUCGAUUCUGAUGACCAUCCAUUAUCUGAGUUUGUCGACUAUGAUAUGUUAACAUCGGAUGAAUUUGAAGAGGGUGCAACUAAUAUUGAAGAUGAAAUGUCAUCUGAAAAUGAAAGUUUUGAAGACGAUAACUCGGAUGAUACAAAUGUUCAACAAUCGGCU